GCCUGGGCGAGUGGUUUGGGAGCCCACGUGGGCUGGGCUUUGGGAUGUGCUGCCGGUGACCCCCGCCAGAGCCGAAAGUGAGCAGGACGCCAUGGGGAAGCUGCGCCGGCGGUACAACGUCAGGGGGCGCCAGCAGGUGGCCCCCGGCCCCUCGAAGGGCGCCCCCGAGCCGCCCCCCGUGCGGCUGGAGCUAGAGGAUAAGGGCACGUGGAAAGGAGUUGAUGCAAGCAACGCGCUCGUUCUGCCUGGGAAGAAGAAAAAGAAGACCAAGGCCCCUCCCCUGUCAAAGAAGGAGAAGAAGCCUCUGACCAAGAAAGAGCGAAAAGCACUGCAGAAAAUCUUAGAACAGAAGGAGAAAAAGAGCCGGCGAGCAGAGAUGCUGCAGAAACUGAGUGAGGUCCAGGUGUCGGAAGCUGAGAUGAGGCUCUUCUACACCACGUCCAAGCUGGGCACUGGGGCCCGCAUGUACCACACCAAAGAGAAGUCUGAUGAGGUCGCAGCCCAGGGUCAGGAGAAGAUCAGCAGCCUCAGCGGGGCCCACCGGAAGCGCCGCCACCAGGAGGCAGAAGAGGAGGAGUCCGAGUCCUCCAUGGAGUCAGAGCCCGAGGAGGCCCUGGGCACUGAGUGGGUGGAGGCUGGUGCAGGGACAAUGGCAUCAGCUGCCAGCUCCACUGGGGGCCGGGGCGAGAGCCCAGCACCCAGUAGUCAGCCGUCUCCGGCCAGGACUCCUGCAGCUCCUCCGGCAGCAGCCCCCGCCCUGGCCAGGCCCCCCUCGAAGCCUGCCGUUUUCAUCCCCGUGAACCGCUCCCCCGAAAUGCAGGCAGAACGGCUAAAGCUCCCGAUUCUCUCCGAAGAACAAGUGAUCAUGGAGGCGGUGGCCGAGCACCCCAUCGUCAUUGUGUGUGGUGAGACCGGCAGCGGGAAGACCACGCAGGUGCCCCAGUUUCUCUACGAAGCAGGCUACAGCAGCGACAACAGCAUCAUCGGCGUCACAGAGCCCCGCCGUGUGGCUGCGGUGGCUAUGUCCCAGCGAGUGGCCAAGGAGAUGAAUCUGUCGCAGAGGGUUGUCUCCUACCAGAUCCGAUAUGAAGGAAAUGUGACCGAGGAGACCAGAAUCAAGUUCAUGACGGACGGCGUGUUGCUCAAGGAAAUCCAGAAGGACUUCCUGCUGCUGAAGUACAAGGUGGUGAUCCUCGAUGAAGCCCACGAGAGGAGUGUGUACACGGACAUCCUCAUCGGCCUCUUGUCCCGCAUUGUGACCCUCCGAGCGAAGAGGCACCUGCCGCUGAAGCUGCUCAUCAUGUCGGCCACGCUGCGGGUGGAGGACUUCACCCAGAACCCGCGGCUCUUCGCCACGCCGCCUCCCGUCAUCAAGGUCGAGUCCCGGCAGUUCCCGGUGACGGUUCACUUUAACAAGCGGACUCCGCUGGAAGACUACAGUGGGGAGUGCUUCCGGAAGGUCUGCAAGAUCCACCGGAUGUUGCCCGCAGGCGGCAUUCUGGUGUUCCUGACGGGGCAGGCAGAGGUACACGCCCUGUGCCGCAGGCUGAGGAGAGCCUUCCCACACGCCAGACCCAGGCCACCAGAAAAGGAAGAUCAGAAAGAUUCGGUAGAAGAAGUGCGAAAGUUUAAGAAGUCGAGGGCGAGGGUGAAGAAGGCCCAGGCAGCGGCGUUGCCCCACAUCAGUUUGGACAGUUACUCGGUGUUGCCCGCGGGUGAAGGCGACGAGGACAGGGCAGCGGAAAUGGACGACGAGGAGGCGGCCCUGGGCUCCGACCUUGACCUGGACCUGGGAGACGACAGAGACGAUGGAGCAGACGGAGGUGAGCAGCCAGACGCCUCCUUGCCCCUCCACGUGCUCCCUCUCUACUCUCUGCUGGCCCCGGAGAAGCAAGCACAGGUCUUCAAACCUCCCCCAGAGGGGACACGGCUGUGCGUCGUGGCCACCAACGUGGCCGAGACGUCCCUCACCAUCCCGGGCAUCAAGUACGUGGUGGACUGCGGAAAGGUCAAGAAGCGGCACUACGACCGUGUCACCGGCGUGUCCUCCUUCCGCGUCACCUGGGUCUCCCAGGCCUCAGCCGACCAGCGGGCGGGCCGCGCGGGCAGGACAGAGCCCGGCCACUGCUACAGGCUCUAUUCGUCUGCGGUUUUUGGUGACUUUGAGCAGUUUCCUCCUCCCGAAAUCACCCGGAGGCCCGUUGAAGACUUGAUCCUUCAGAUGAAAGCUCUCAACAUUGAAAAGGUCAUCAACUUCCCCUUCCCCACCCCUCCCUCCGUGGAGUCCCUCAUUGCCGCCGAGGAGCUGUUGAUCGCGCUGGGUGCCCUGCAGGCGCCCCGGAAAGCGGAGAGGGUGAAGCAGCUGCAGACGUCCCGGCUGAGCUGCCCCAUCACCGAGCUGGGCAAGACCAUGGCCACGUUCCCCGUGGCGCCCCGCUAUGCCAAGAUGCUAGCACUAAGCAGGCAACACGGCUGCCUCUCCUACGCCAUCACCAUCGUGGCUGCCAUGACAGUCCGGGAGCUGUUCGAGGAGCUGGACAGACCAGCCGCCAGCGAGGAGGAGCUGGCCAAGCUGAAGGGCAGGCGGGCCCGGGUGGCCCAGGUGAAGAGGAUCUGGGCUGGGCAAGGCGCUUCUCUGAAACUCGGGGACCUGAUGGUGCUGCUGGGUGCCGUGGGAGCCUGUGAGUUUGCUGGCUGCUCACCCCAGUUCUGCGAGGCCAACGGGCUGCGGUACAAGGCCAUGAUGGAGGUCCGGCGCCUGCGGGGCCAGCUGACCACCGCAGUCAAUGCCGUGUGCCCUGAGGCCGGGCUCUUUGUGGACCCCAAGAUGCAGCCGCCUUCCGAGAGCCAGGUGACCUACCUGCGGCAGAUCGUGACGGCCGGCCUGGGUGACCACCUGGCCCGCAGGGUCCAGAGCGAGGAUCUGUUGGACGACAAGUGGAGGAACGCCUACAAGACGCCUCUCCUCGAUGACCCCGUCUUCAUCCACCCCAGUUCCGUCCUUUUCAGAGAGCUCCCCGAGUUUGUUGUCUACCAGGAAAUUGUGGAGACCACCAAGAUGUACAUGAAAGGCAUCUCGACCGUGGAGGCCCAGUGGGUCCCAGUCCUGCUGCCCUCUUACUGCCAGUUCGACAAGCCGCUGGAGGAGCCGCCCCCCGCCUACUGCCCCGAGAAGGGGCGGGUGCUGUGUCACCGGGCCAGUGUGUUCUAUCGCGUCGGCUGGCCACUGCCCGUGGUCCAGGUGGAUUUUCCAGAAGGCAUUGACUGCUACAAGCACUUUGCCCGGGUUCUGCUGGAAGGGCAGGUCUUCCCCAAGCUGGCCUCAUACCAGGGCUGUUUGCUGUCCAGCCCCAGCACGAUGCUGAAGACGUGGGCCAGGCUCCAGCCCAGGACAGAGAGUCUUCUGAGAGCCCUUGUUGCCGAGAAAGCUGACUGCCGGGACGCCUUGCUGGCUGCUUGGAAGAAAAACCCCAAAUACCUGCUGGCCGAGUACUGCGAGUGGCUCCCGCAGGCUGUGCACGCCGACGUGGAGAAAGCCUGGCCCCCAGCCUCGGACCGCUGACCUGAUGCCUGGCUGCAGGCCUGAGGACUGCUCUGGAGACCAAGGGGCCUGGCAGCGGCCGGUUUCUGGCGUGGUCACCCUGGCACAGGACUGCUCCCGAGAGAUAGGUCAAGCCCAAUUCUGGACACAGUUUGCUGCCGCCCUGGGCAUCCUGCCCGAGGGGUGACUUUUUUUAGCUGUUGAUUGCAUAGUGGAUAACGAUUUAGCUCACACGCUGGUUCCUGUUUAAAUGUGCUCUGUGGACCACAUUCGUCCCUGUGAGGCAGCAGGGCUGGAGAGCAAGGUGGCCGAGAGCAGGAGAGGGUGUCCUACAGCGAGGGAGGGCCCCCAGUGCACCCGGCCGCCAGCCCCCCAAGCUCCACACCUUCCCCUGUGGACGGGUGACCGCAAGGAGCGGGGCGUCUCCUCCCCCGGUGGUCAGCGCCAGGAUGGCGGGGGGGCUCCCCCUGCCAGGCUGCAGAGGGCAGGCCUUGCACCGGGCACCCGUACAGCUGUCCCAUUCACCUUGAAUUGGAGCCCUCGGGACCCUGACCCCUUAUAUUCCCUCCUUCUUUUCUCUGGUAGUCGAGGAGGAGAGUAAGGGGACAGAGGUAGGUCCCUGGGCCAGAAGGCAGGACAAGAGGGCUUCGGGCAGGACCAAGCCCCACUCUCCGUCCUCCAUGGCAAGGGGCCAAAUGGACUCGUCACCAGCGUCCUGCUUCUGCUGCACAUGGAAGUGGAGUCAUGAAAUAAAAAUAUUCCUUUCGCCUAGAUCUUUCUGCCCAAUUAACUCAGGGAAGGACUCAGCAGGUGGACACGUGGCCGUUCUGGGGGGCAUGGCUUGUCCGCCAGGCUUGUCCUGGUGCCCGACUCCCGCCUCGAGACACUGCCCUCCCGGCUCCUUAGGGAGGCCUCCCCUCGCUGGGCUUUCUUCCCUCCCAGGCUGCUCCCGGAGCCCUCCGCAGCUUCCCUGGGAGGAAGAUCCCUCCCGCCCCUCAGACGGGGUGCCAGCCCCGCACUUCUCACCCCACACCCCGCCCUGGAGCUCAGCCCUCCCGUGGUUUCCGAGGUGGUGCCCGCAGCCCCGGAGCGGCCUGCAGACCCGCACUGUGACUGAGGUGGCUUUACUUCUUGCCGAUAAGUAGAACUGGGAUAUUUCCCACUCAGAAAUCCUAAUGUCCAGCCUUUCUAGAAAACUCCGACCACACAGGUGCUGGCAGUUCCGAGGUGGCUGUAAGAGCCGUUCUCUCAGGUACUGAGUAGCCUCCUGACUGACCUGCCCUCCUUCCACCUCGCUCCGCAGCCACAGCAAAGGAAAAACCAUUGUACCUAGGCGGUUUUUAAAAAAUUUUUGAGAUAUAAUUAACAUACCAUAAGUGUCACUGUUUUAAAGUAUACAGUUCGGGGUCGGCCCUGUGGCUUAGUGGUUAAGUGCGCGCGCUCCGCUGCUGGCGGCCCGGGUUCAGAUCCCGGGCGCGCACCGACGCACCGCUUCUCCGGCCAUGCUGGGGCCGCGUCCCACAUACAGCAACUAGAAGGAUGUGCAACUAUGACAUACAACUAUCUACUGGGGCUUUGGGGGAAAAAUAAAUAAAAUUAUUAAAAAAUAAAGUGUACAGUUUGA